AAGAUAUAUGAAAUAUUAAUUAAGAAAGUUGCUCCAUCAAUGGAUGCUGUAUCUAAAAAAUUUAAAAUAUUAUACAAAAAAACACGAGAAUACUUUGAUAAUUUUCAGCAUAUAUUUAAUAAGGAUAUAGCAGCUUUAGCUAAGGAUUUGCUUGUUAAAAAUUG